UAAUCGUAAUCGUUUAUAGACCAUUUCACGCGCUCUAAAUACGGAGAUUGUGUUUGUAAGCUAAAUUAGGUAGCUGGUCAGCUAAUCACACAAGGCCUAACUAACCCUGAUCAUGUUGCUCUCUGUGUUUCCAAAUAGAUGGCUAAUUUGACCUCAAACACGGAAUUACACAUUUACUAUAAACUAGCGAGCAAAGCUGUUGUUUUCUCUCUCACAGUCCUACGCGCAGUGUAGGAUACCUUGGUAAUUAGCUGGCUAGAUUAAUUGCUUUGUUAUCUUACGCUGGCUAGCCAAUUUGCACAGGUUGCUGAUCAGCAGUACUCUCAGCUGAUUGAACUCAUGGCUUCCAAUUGGAAAUGGCUAAUGCACAAUUCGUAGUGACAGCUAAGAACUAAUGACAGCGAAGAUCAAUUGAUAGGAAGUUAGUCCCUGGAUUUGUGGUUGUCGUCGUUAGGCAACCAGUGUGUUUGCGCCGACUUGGACACCGUGUUCAGCUUCGGUUUAUUAAAGUACCUAAAUUACUUGACCAAGUAACGUUAGCUUAGGAAACGUUGAAAGCAGUCCAUGAAAACAGUUAAACCGUAUGUCAGAUGAUCUAAUGAAACAGUUAUCCAGCUACAAAGCUCAGCUGCAGCAGGUGGAAGCAGCGUUAUCAUCCGAUGCUGACAAUGAGGACCUGCUCAAACUUCAGAAGGACUUACUGGAAGUCAUCGAGCUGACCAAUGACCUGCUGUCCAGCCAGCCGUCGGCCGCCCCCGCCAGCGCGGACAGCUCCGCGGCGCCCCCCCCGAGCCACGCCUGGAAAGUGGGCAACCGCUGCAUGGCGGUGUGGAAUGAGGACGGACAGUUGUACGAAGCCGAGAUCGAGGAGAUCGACGAGGAGAACGGGACGGGGGCCAUCACCUUCAUGGGCUACGGCAACGCCGAGGUCAUGCCCCUCGCCAACCUCAAACCCGUGGAGGAGGGCAAGCGCUCGGACGAAGACGGGAGCAAGUCAAAGUCCAGGAAGGAGCAGAUCGCCGAGCAGAGGGAGUACAAGAAGAAGAAAGCCCAGAAGAAGGUGCAGAGGAUGAAGGAGCUCGAACAGGAGAGGGAGGACCAGAAAUCGAAAUGGCAGCAGUUUAACAACAAAGCGUACUCCAAGAACAAGAAGGGACAGGUGAAGAGGAGCAUAUUCGCGUCACCGGAGAGCGUAAACGGAAAGGUCGGCGUGGGAACGUGCGGAAUCGCGGACAAGCCCAUGACUCAGUACCAGGACACGUCGAAAUACAACGUCCGGCAUCUGAUGCCACAAUAACGGCUAUUUUUAUUUAUUUAUUUUUUUUAGCAGAUAAUGUUUUUAUGUUCUCGGUAGGCUGUUUUAGCAGGAUCAGAACUUGCCAAGCUGUGUGUUUCUAUGAACUAGUUCACUCAAAGAAGUUUUGGGGGCGGCGAACAUAAGGAUUGACUUCUUGUAAUUUGAGUCAUGCUUGAAUUUCAAAGCUGCAGUCCCCGCGUAGCGUAAAUCCUGAGUUUAGACAACACAGCUACACCAGUUCCGUAGUGUUCAGACUUUAUAAACAUAACAGCCUAGCCUCCGUAGAAUGUCCAAAGUUGAGAUAAAAACAACCCAAAUUCUAGAAUUUUCAGACCCGAAUUCUUUACGAUUUGUUGUUUUCCUUGUGUAUCUCAUUCCGUUGUUUAAUUUAAUUGCCAUAUUUAAAAGUUACCGGCUUUGGUGCGAAACAGGUCUGUCUUAUCCUCCAGCCACACAGUGCAGUUUCUAAUAUUAUUAAAGUAAUGUUCGUUUGCUUCCUGUGGAUUUGGCUCAAGGUGUUUGUGUGUCUACUAGGAAACAGUUGAACAGACAAAACGCGAGAUGAGAAUUCAGUGAGAUUAGCUUUGCUUAAAAUGCACUGAGGGGGACGUUAUGAGGAAAUAAAACUCAGGGAAUGUGUUAUUUUGGACGUACCCAGGGUUAUGUAUCAGAUCCACCAAUCAGGGCCACCGGUUUGGUGCAUGCUGGGUAUGUUUAAGGAAACACUUUCUGUGGGCUUCGUUGAAAAAUACGUACUCUGUUUGAUCUUGGAAGCUUUUAUUUUGUGUUCCAGUUGAAUAUAUAUGUUGCAUGACGAUGGCAAAUUAAAGUGCUGCCAUUUUCCAAAGAGCAGAUUCUUGGAUCUUGGAUGCCCUUUAAAGUCACCUGGUCCCCAGUUGUUUUUUGUUUUUUGUUUUUUUGAUGUACCCACAAUGCCGUUGCUCUGAAAUCCUGUAAAUCAAGUUGUUUUACAUUGUCAGUACCUCUGUCCCAUCCGCUAUCCCAUCCGUGUGAGAAACACAUUUUUAGGCUCAAGCAAAUCGUGUAGUUAGUGUUGAGAUGUUUGUUUUUUUUAUGUGGCACGGUAAACUGGGGUGCAAGUUUCAAAGAACUGUUUUUUAAUUUUUUUAUUUUUUUAAUAUGUUAUUUUUUUCUGUGUGGGGGAUGUCAUCGGGUAUCUGCAAAGUAAGCUUAUGUUAAUGCAAACCUGCUUUUGCAGGACUGUGAUUUUUACUAAAUGUUGCUUUUCAGUUUUGUACAUUACCUUUUAUGAAAUAAAUGUUAUGGUAUAACAUCCAUGAA